AUGGAAGUCACCACACAGGUGGGGGGCCCCGAUCCAUCAGACCCCCAGGGCCACCCCUCAGCCGGCAGCCAGCAGCUGGGGGGUGGCCUCAGCGAGCUUCAGGGGCCGUGGAGAAACUCGGGGCCCAUGGGCUUCAGGCAGGGGCUGGCCUUGUCCCCCGAGGCCGCCACUGAGCCCGAGCCCGCCCGCCAGCCCCCCGGGGGCCCCGCUGAGGGUAGCGCACAGUGGGGCCCCGAGCGGGCCUCCCAAGGCGCCCGGACAGCGUCCUCCACGGGCCCCGGCCCCGGCGUGGAAGCCCAAGCACAUCUCGUCCUGGAGGAGGCCCCGCCCCCGCCCCGGGGCGCGCCCAGGGUCAGCGCCGAGGGCCUGGCCCAGCCCGGCCGCCGCCGCUCCUGGCUCCAGGUGCCGGGUGAGAGGGCGGGCAAGCCUUCGGCUAGAGUCCUGGUCAGCCGGGGCAGAGGCCCCUGCAGCCCCCAGCAGAGCCAGCAGGCCCCCCGUUUCCUUUCAGGGGAGACCGGCUCAGCCGCAGCCCCAGGAGCUUUUCCGGCUGCAGCCCAAGGCCAAGGGCAGGGCCAGUGCUGGUGUCCGGCUCAGGCCCACGCUCCGGGUCCGCAUGCCACCCUCCCGCUGGCCGCCGCCGCAUGCCACACCCGCUGCCUCCACCACCUGCUGGGGAGCAUCGCCCAGGCCUUGCCCCGGGCCCAGCGCGGGGAGAGCGGCCACCGGUGGUCGGGCCUCCUGGAGUCUUCCAAAGCGGUCACCUUCUGCCAGGACGAAGUCACCCUCGGCUCCCAGCGGCUCCCCGCCCCGGACCCUCCCACCGAGUCCUCAGACUGCGCCCCGGAGCUCGAACCCGCCGCGAGGCCUGCGUUACCCAAGCAGCCGGAGACCCCGGCAGAGAGGCCGCGGUUCUACACCUUCCAUCUGGACGGCCCCACGCCCCAGAGGAGCCGCCAGGAGGCCAGCGCUCCGCCACAGGGGCCGCCCCUCCGCGCCCGCAGCCCCACCUGCCCCGGGGCUCCGCUCUCCACCUGCCCGGCGACCGGCCAGGGGCAGCGCCCGGCCCCGCCGCCCCGGGAAGCCACGCCGAGGCCCGCCGUCGGCGCCCCCACCUGCCAGUUCCAGGACCCUGCGGAGGGCCACGUGCUGGUGUUUGACCUGGACACGGGCAACACCAGGCUGGGACUGCUGUGCCAGGACCUGCUGGGCUCCCGGGCAGUCCUGGUGGGCCUCGUGCCCCACCACCCGUCCGCGUAUGCCCCCAACGAUACGCCGGCCGCCCGGCCGCUGGCCGUGCCCGCUGCCUCCCCUAACAGCCGUCACGCCGGCCUCUGGCGCGUCUCGCCGGCGCCGUCCAGCCCCGUGCCCUCCAGCAUCUCCUCUGGCGACUACCAACAGGUGGCCCUGGGUCCCAAGGAAGCCAAGCUCAGCCUGGAGCCACGGAAUGGCCCUAGUCCCGGGACGCCCAUUCCAGUGAGGGCGCCCCUCCAGGUGGGAGACAGGACGCCGAGCCAGGAUCCCGGCUGGCCCAGACCUGCGGCUGGAAAAAGUGACUCCACUCACACCAUCUGGAUCCUGGAUGCGCCCGGGAUGCAGGGCGCCUCGGCGGGCCAGCCCCGGAGGCUGCGGGUGACCGCCUCGGAGCUGGCCUCAGAGCCCGGCCCCCCGGCCCCCGCCCCAGCCCAGGAGGCAGCCAGGGCAGGCAGCCACAGCCGGAAGGAGGCCAGCACCGCUCACCUGAUGGACCCGUGGGCUGAAGACAGCAGGCAGGGCCCCCUCCACGGCUGGUCCCCGCUGGGUGAGCAGCGCCCCCUCUCCGGACAGCACCCCACAGCGGGCCAGCCCCCCUUUCCCGGGCAGCCCCCUCUCCCUGGGACCCCACUCGCCCGGCAGCGUUCUCUCACCAGCCAGCCUUCCUUUCGCCAAGAGCCCGCCGCCCCCAAAGAGCCCCUGCUCUCCAGAGGCCCCCCGUCCACCAGGGAGGCCGGCCAGGCCCCCGCGCAGCGGCAGGAAGGGGAGUCUGUGGGUCUGCCCGCCCACCUGGGGGUGCUCCGGGUGCCCCUGGCCCAGGAGACCUGCGUGUAUGUGAGCAGAGAAACGGUGGGCCUCGGCGUCCCUCCCGGCCCCAACGCCCGCUGGCUGUCCCCCUGGCAGCCCUUCGGUGCUCUCAGGGCCCCCGGGGAGCAGCUCUCCCUGGUCACGCUCACCACGCCCGGCACCAGCAACAAGGUCUUGCCCAUGGCCACGGUGGGCACGGCGCCCCCGGGCCCCCGGCUCAAGCUGACGGCGGAGGACCUUACCGCCACGCCGGUGGUCACGAGCCUCGGCCUGCUCAGCGGGGCCCACUACGCUCCGCCGGGGCCGUCCCCCGGGCCCCGCCGCCACGUGCCGGGCCACGCCCAGGGCUCGGCGGCCGUGGUGAUCGACACGGGCUCCGGCUUCACCAAGUGCGGGCUGGCCGGGGAGGACCACGUCCUCAGCGUGGUGCCCUCACGUGUGCAGCUGCUGCAGCCGCCCGGCCCGGGCCAGCCCCGGUACGCCAUGCUGGGCGCGGGCGGCGGCGCCUGCCCGGUGCUGACCCGGGGCGUGGUGUCCGACUGGGACGCGCUGGAGGUGCUGUGGCAGCACCUGUUCUACUGCAAGCUGGGCCUGCGGCCCGAGGAGCUGGCCGUGCUGGUGGCCGACUCGCCCGUCUCGCCGCGCACCAACCGCGAGAAGGUGGCCGAAAUCCUCUUCGAGUGCUUCCACGUGCCCGCCAUGCAGACCGCGCAGCAGGCGCUGCUGGCGCUCUACGCCCACGGCCGCACCACCGGGCUGGUGCUGGGCAGCGGCCACGGCACCUCCUACGUGGCGCCCGUGCUCACCGGGGACCUGGCCCCGCUCCACACCUACCGGCUGGACGUGGCCGGGGCGGACCUCACGGAGUACCUGGCGGAGCUGCUGCUGGCCGGCGGCCGCGCGCUGCCCAAGGCCGGGCUGGUCAGCCGCCUCAAAGAGACCUGCUGCUACGUGGCUCUGGACGCGCAGGCCGAGCUGGCCCGCGCGCAGGCCCAGGCCCCCGUGGACUUCGUGCUCCCGGACGAGCAGGUCGUCAGCCUGGGCUCCGAGCGCUUCCGCUGCCCCGAGGCCCUCUUCCAGCCCCACCUGCUGGGCCUCCGCCAGCCGGGCCUCCCGCAGCUGGCCCUCCUCAGCAUCUCCCGGCUGGAGGCGCAGCAGCAGGAGCAGCUGCUGGCCAACGUGGUGCUGGACGGGGGCAGCACGCUGGUGCGCGGCUUCCCCGAGCGCCUGCAGCAGGAGCUGGGCCCCGGCGCCACCGUGCUGGGCUCCCCGCACCGCGCCGUGGCCGCCUGGCUGGGCGGAUCCAUCAUGGCCUCCCGGGACUCCUUCCGCAGCCUGUGGCUCAGCCGCCGGGAGUACGAGGAGGAGGGCCCGUGGGCCAUCUACAAGCACCAGCUCUGA